UUCCACCCCAUCCAUCGCCCGUCCAGCAGAGAGGUUUGAUGCCAUCUCGAACUUGAACUUGAACUUGGAGGUUGCCCGAGACAAGCUCACGUCCGCCAUCCUCCAUUCGCCAUGGCCCCCCUAGCCGCGACAAGACAUGCCCUUCGGGUACCGAGCCAACUGCGAUUGCGGCUGUUCAGCACGAGCAGCUUGCGGGCGGCGCAAGAGGUGAAGCGGUUGGGAGUUGUCGGCGCCGGCCAGAUGGGCCUCGGCAUUGCGCUCGUUGCCGCUCUCAGAGCCCAGGUCCCGGUGACGCUGGUCGACUCGUCGCAAAAGUCGUUGGACAAGGGCGUGGCCUUUGCAGAGAAGCUACUUGCCAAAGACGUGUCCAAGUCGCGCAUCACACAGGAGCAGGCCGACGCCGCCCGCGCGCUCCUGACGCCCGCCACGUCCCUAGACGGCUUGGCCGACGCCGACUUCGUCAUCGAGGCCGUGCCCGAGAUCCCGGCGCUCAAGUUCGACAUCUUCUCCAAGCUCGCCCAGAUCUGCCCUCAGCAUGCCAUCCUGGCCACCAACACGUCGUCCAUCUCCAUCACGCGCAUCGCCGCCUCCACCACCCAGGACCCCACCGACACCACCAACAGCUCCCGGGUCGUCUCGACCCACUUCAUGAAUCCCGUCCCCAUCCAGAAGGGCGUCGAGAUCAUCAGCGGUCUGCAGACAAGCCAGGAGACCCUCGACGCCGCCGUCGCCUUCUGCAAGCGCAUGGGCAAGAUCCCCUCAGUCUCGGCCGACUCCCCGGGCUUUCUGGCCAACCGCAUCCUCAUGCCCUACAUCAACGAGGCCGUCAUCUGCCUCGACACGGGCGUCGGCGACCGCGACUCGAUCGACGCCAUCAUGAAGAACGGCACCAACGUGCCCAUGGGCCCCCUGCAGCUCGCCGACUUUAUCGGCCUCGACACGUGCCUCGCCAUCAUGAAGGUCCUGCACGAGGAGACGGGCGACUCCAAGUACCGCCCCGGCAUCCUCCUCCGCAACAUGGUCGACGCCGGCUGGCUCGGGAAGAAGAGCGGGAAGGGCUUUUACGAUUACUAGGUCUCCUGCCUUCUAUGCUUUUAUACAGCGUGGGCAACUAGCCAGCAUGACCCAAGGCCCCUACUGUUAAUAGCCAGAGAGGCCGAGGCCCCUUACGUUGGAUACUGUGUUGUUUGCGGACAAGGCCACUGUGAUUUGUACAGGAUUUUCCAGACCUAACAUCCCUCUAGAAAAAAAACUUAUGUCUUAUAACUGUAUAUAAAGAACUGGCAAUGUAAUCCUAAAAUUUAAAGCUAAUUUAUCCUUA